UGCAGGUUGCUCCCCCGUCUCGCUGGCUCACAGAAGAGUAAAGCCCUUCCCGCCCGGCUCCUGCGACCCCGAGCGGGCGUCAGCGGCGCCGUCUGCGCCUGCGCCUACGCCUGCGCACCAGCGCCCGGGGAAAACUCAAGGUGGGGGGUGAAGAAGGGGCCGGCCUUCGAGCGACAGCGACGCAAGAUGGCAGCCACCACAGGCUCGGGAGUAAAAGUCCCUCGAAAUUUCCGACUGUUGGAAGAGCUGGAAGAAGGCCAGAAAGGAGUAGGCGACGGCACAGUUAGCUGGGGGCUAGAGGACGACGAAGACAUGACGCUUACAAGAUGGACAGGGAUGAUAAUUGGGCCUCCAAGAACAAUUUAUGAAAACCGAAUAUACAGCCUUAAAAUAGAAUGUGGGCCUAAAUACCCAGAAGCACCCCCAUCUGUAAGAUUUGUAACAAAAGUCAAUAUGAGCGGCGUGAGUAGUUCGAAUGGAGUGGUGGACCCAAGAGCCACAGCAGUGCUGGCCAAGUGGCAGAAUUCCCACAGCAUCAAAGUCAUCCUGCAGGAACUUCGACGCUUGAUGAUGUCAAAAGAAAACAUGAAGCUGCCACAGCCGCCAGAAGGACAGUGUUACAGCAAUUAGUCACCAGGGCCCUGGCUCCCCUCCCCAUCCACCC